UUAUUCGUUCUUUUCCGUUCAUUCAAUAUGGCAGUCACCAAGAAAACAAAACUCUCUCGCGAAGAAGAACUUUUGCUACAAGAUUUUAGUAGAAAUGUUUCUACAAAAUCAUCAGCUUUAUUCUAUGGGAAUGCGCUGAUAGUUUCAGCAAUUCCAAUUUGGCUUUUUUGGAGAAUACAUCAAAUGGAUUUAUGGCAGUCAGCAAUUUUGUUUGUUGUAUUUUCUUUAGUCAGUACAUACUUAGUGGCAUAUGCUUACAAGAAUGUAAAAUUUGUCCUCAAGCAUUACAUUGCCCAAAAGAGGGAAGAAGGUAUAACAAAAGAAAUGAUGAGUAAAUUAUCAGAAGAUAAAGAAAUGACUAAGAAAGAAAAAGAUGAAAGAGUUUUAUGGAAAAAGAAUGAAGUAGCAGAUUAUGAAGCAACAACUUUCUCAAUUUUUUAUAAUAAUGCCCUAUACUUGGUGCUGUUGAUUGUGUUUUCAUUCUACAUACUCAAGAAUUUCAACCCAUCAGUUAACUAUGUUCUUUCAGUUGGUUCAUCAGCUGGCCUAUUGGCUCUGUUUUCUACCAGUUCAAAGUAAACUUGUUAGUGGUAUAAGCUGUAUCAUAUUACAUACAAAAACAUUUCAUUCUUGAUCUUAAUUUUUAAAUAAAAUAUUACACAAUA